AUGCAUAUCACAAAACCACGAGCCGCUAUGUUUUCCAGUCCCGGAAUGGGCCACGUCAUCCCGGUGAUCGAGCUCGCUAAACGUCUCUCCGUUAACCACGGCUUCCACGUCACCGUCUUCGUCCUCGAAACCGACGCAGCCUCCGCUCAGUCCAAGUUCCUAGACUCAACCAGCGACGUUGACGUCGUCAAUCUUCCGUCACCGGACAUUUCCGAUCUUGUGGACCCGGCAGACCACGUGGUGACCAAGAUCGGAACCAUUAUGCAUGAAGCGGUUCCACUCCUCCGAUCCAAGAUCGCUGCGAUGCAUCAAAAACCAACGGCUCUGAUCGUUGACUUGUUUGGGACGGAUGCUUUAUGUCUCGCUCCUGAAUUCAACAUGUUGACUUAUGUGUUAAUCGCUGCAAACGCGCGUUUUCUCGGCGUUUCUAUGUAUUAUCCAACCUUGGACAAAGAUAUCAGGGAAGAGUACAUACUACAAAGAAAACCGCUUGAGAUACCGGGAUGUGAACCGGUUCGAUACGAAGAUACUAUGGACGCUUACCUGGUUCCGGACGAACCAUUGUACCGGGAUUUUGUUCAAUACGGUCUGGCUUACCCAAAGGCUGAUGGCAUUUUGGUUAAUACAUGGGAAGAGUUGGAGCCCAAAUCGUUGAAAUCUCUUCAAGACCCCAAGCUAUUGGGCCGUGUCGCUCGUGUACCGGUUUACCCGGUUGGCCCAUUAUGUAGACCGGUAGAGUCAUCGGAGACCAAUCACCCGGUUGUUGAUUGGUUGAAUGAACAACCAGAUAAAUCGGUUCUCUACGUUUCUUUUGGUAGUGGUGGUUCUCUAACAACUAAAAAAUUAACCGAAUUGGCGUGGGGGCUCGAGCAGAGCGAGCAAAGGUUCGUAUGGGUGGUUCGACCCCCUGUUGACGGUUCGUCUUCCAGCGAGUAUUUCACAGUUAACCGCAAGGAAACGAAAGACAGUACACCAGCAUAUUUACCGGAAGGGUUUAUGACUCGUACUUGUGAUAGAGGUCUUGUGGUGCAAUCAUGGGCACCACAAGCUGAAAUCCUGGCCCAUCGGGCCGUUGGUGGGUUUUUAACCCAUUGUGGUUGGAACUCAUCGGUUGAAAGCGUUGUUAGUGGCGUUCCAAUGAUCGCAUGGCCGCUUUUUGCCGAGCAGCGUAUGAACGCAGCUUUGCUAAGCGACGAACUUGGAAUCGCCGUCCGAGUGGAUACUUUUGCGGAGGUGAUUUCAAGAUCGGAAAUUGAGGCGGUAGUGAGGAAAGUUAUGGCAGAGGAGGAAGGUGAGGAGAUGAGAAUGAAAGUGAAGAAGUUGAGAGACACGGCGGAGAUGUCAUUGAGCAUCGACGGUGAUGGUUCCGCGCACGAGUCGCUUUGCAAAGUCACGGUGGAGUGUGAACGGUUUUUGGAACGUUACAUGGACUUAGCACGUGGUGCUUAG